UUACUCCGAGUUUCAGCUGAACAAAUGUUACUACGAAUCGGUUAUCAUAUUGAAUGUAUACUUACAGUGUCACCCAUUGUCCAUUGAUGAUAAGGUGAUGUCCAGUUUCUAUCUCAACAUCACGAAGUCUCACUAAUUGUAAUUGAACUUUAAAUUCUGUUCUGAAACUCAGAGAGUUUUGAAAGAAAAAAAUCUCGACAAAAGUUGAAUUUUGUUUUUCUUUCUAAUAACUUGUUCCAAAUCUUUUCAGAUCAAGUUAUCGGUUUCUCCUUUUUUCCUCAAGAAUAACGAUAACCUUUAAUAACUCAUCUGAAGCAUCGAUAAUUGUUUGUUCAAUCAAAUUCCCUGAAUCAAUACAGAAUCAAUAUUAUCUUUCACCUUGAUAAUCAUCAUGUUUUCUUUGUGUAUUUCCAAUGAAAAAAAGUUUCAUCAUUCAACCAAAGGGACAGUAACUGUAGUUCCGGUUUUCGUUGAAUUCAGUUCAGUUUAUCCAUUGGAUUCAAAUUCAAUCAAUCCCAGAAUUGACAACGGAGACGAUGCUGGAAUUGAAUUACUACACACUGUCGCUAGUUUAUACUACAAGAAUCUUCCGAAUACCCCCCUGAAUGUCAUAUACGAAACUCUAUGUAAAGAAGGUGUCAAAACUUUACUUCUUCUCCGCCAUGGUGAAGAGAUUCUUACUGAAUGGAGGAAAGAUUCAAGGGAAUCCAGGGAGAAUGUUCAACUUUCACCAGAAGAUUCAUUUCCAAAGAAAGAUUCAGUUGAUUACUGUUGCGCAAGUAAAUUGUUAUCAUCUCCUGAUGAAUUUACAUAUUCCUCUGUAAGUUCUGGUUUCCCAUGUAAAGAUUCAUCUCCAUCGUUUGAAGAAAUGUCAACAAUCAGUAGCUGCUCGAAAACUUUUUCAUCGGGAAUCAUUUCUGACCUUGAUGACCUCGAAUGUGAUAAAAUUUCAUCUCUCUAUGAAACGGAAACUCAAACGAAAGAUAAUUUCACCCAUGAAGAUGAUGGAAAUCAUAUUCAUCAUCAUGAUAAUAAAUUAUCAACCAACCAAAUGAAUAGUAUUUCCAAAGAACCUGAAAUAGGAUUAAAGAAAUCAAAUAAUCCCCAUUGGAGUGAAACACUUAACUACAGAGAUUUGGAAGCUAAAAUUAAACGUUGUUUCAAUGAUGAUGAUGAAACGAAAUCAGCAAAUGAAGAUAUUGAUUGGGAUGGUAAGAAUAAUCAAAAAUUAACUCAAUUGUUGAGAAGUGGAUCAAAAUUUCUGGAUACAAUUAACGAACGGCGAGAGGAACGAUUAAACUUAAUUAGUAAAUCACCUGAGAAAUUAAAUUUAGAUCAUGUUUCAAUUGAACAUCGGAUCAUUGGAUCAAUCUCAUUUCAUAAAGAUUACAGACUUCCAUCGAUGCCAAUUAUUUUCAUUGAUUGGUUAAUUGUUCGAGACUCGUAUCGAUCUUCAAAAAUAGGAACAUAUCUUGUCAAGAAAAUUAAAAGCUCAUCAUUUGUUGGAAGUUAUCAUUUAAUGUGUGUUAAUUGUCCAUCAAAUCAAUCAAUUAAUUUCUUUCGUUCAUUAAACUUUAUCAACGAUGAUUUAAGUGAAUGUCGAUUGCGACCAUUACUACCAAAGAAAUUAACUUCACAAUUAACUGAUUUCUCACCAAGAGAAUCAAGUUUACUAUUUUAUUAUCCAUCUUUUAAUCGUACCAAUUCAUCAUCAAUAUCAUCACAGAACAAUUUGUUUAAUUGUCAACCCUUUUGGUUUGAUUUAUCAAUUAAAUCAAUUUCAGAUGAGAUUGAUUUCUGGAAGGAGAAAUCAAUUGAAUCUUAUCAUGAUCAGAUUACCUUAAUUAUGAGACUUAAAUCAGAGAUUGUUAAACUUCACAAUCAAUUGAAAUCUCGAGACAAACAAUUAAAGGAGAUUAAACAAGAAAACAAGGAGCUUCGUCAUAUUGUCACCCAAAGCAACGCAAUGGCAGCAAUUAGCACAAUUGAUGAACUUGGAUCGCUAUUUGAAAGUAUUAAGGAUCUUUGCAGUGUAGUUCGUUAAUUACAAUUAACUUUCACCUCGAUUGAUUAACGGUCAAUCAACAAAUUAAACAUAGUUACCAUGUUAUUAGUUAAUUAAAGAUAAAUUUGUGUGCUAAUUUGAUUAAAUUGUUUCUUUCCUUUUCAAUGGAGAGUUUAAUUAUUAUGAAAUAAAGAUUUUGAUUGUUAUGUAUUGAUAAUAAAAUAUUUGAUUGUUGAUU